CAUUGGCUGCUCGGCCUACAACAUGACGUCACGACUAAGUAUAUAUUGGGCCUCGUUCGUUUCUUCGUCAAAACUCGUUUUUCGAGAGGAAGGUUCGCAUGCCGACAGCGAUUUGUCAACAAGAAAACUCCUAAAGAAAGCACGCCAUGGCUCGUACCAAGCAGACGGCCCGUAAGUCCACCGGAGGAAAGGCGCCAAGGAAGCAGCUCGCCACCAAGGCUGCCCGGAAGAGCGCGCCGUCCACCGGGGGCGUGAAGAAGCCCCAUCGCUACAGGCCUGGAACUGUGGCUUUGAGGGAGAUCCGUCGUUACCAGAAGUCCACUGAGUUGCUCAUCCGCAAGCUUCCUUUCCAGCGUCUGGUGAGGGAGAUUGCCCAGGACUUCAAGACCGAUCUGCGCUUCCAGAGUGCUGCCAUUGGAGCUCUUCAGGAGGCAAGCGAAGCCUACUUGGUGGGUUUGUUUGAGGACACCAACCUCUGCGCCAUCCACGCAAAACGUGUCACCAUCAUGCCCAAAGACAUCCAGCUGGCUCGCAGGAUAAGGGGAGAGAGAGCCUAAAGAGGCAUGUGGCUGCGUUGUUGCAAACAAAAUACCCUAUUUAUCAUACUUACCAUUUUUGUGGACAUUUUUUCUUUUUAUAAUUUUUUUUUCCUCUUGAAUUUUGUAUUUUUAGAGUAAUACAAUAAUCAACCAUUCCACAAGCCUGAUUACACUAAGGGUAGUCAAUAGUCUACAUACCCAUCCCUCUAGCUCAUUAUGAUAAAUGUAACGACCAUGUCAAGUCCAUUGUGGGUGUUGGGCUCCCUGAACGGAUGAAGUUGUCUUUCAAAACAAGAAUUUCUCCACACAUCUACAACUUUGCCAUAACAUGCCAGCAUGUCUUGCUCAGUACACCUCUCUGCAGUGUCAGAGUAUUGGCUACCUCAGUUGAUCCUCUGUACUCUGUGACGAGGAGCGUUGCAGACCUUCCCCUCUGUAUUUUUCUGGGCUGUGUUUUACAUGUUUUCAACACAAAUCUUGGCAGCUACAUUUAAUACUAUUUAUGAGAUGUUGUCACAUGUCUUUCUAUUAAAGGUCUUUAUGAGUAAAA